AUGAACGACAUUAAGAAGGUCAUUAUUAUCGGAGGUGGCCCGGCCGGGUUACUCGCAGCUCUGCGGCUCAAGCAGAGCCAUGGAAUAUCGCCAGUUAUUUACGAAAUCCGCACCGAACCCACCACCAUUGGCGGAGCGAUUGGCAUUCCCUCCAAUGGUCUUCGACUAUUGAACCGUCUCGGGAUUCACGAUGGGUUUCUUGCCAAGGGCACUGAGACAUGCAACCUUGUUCUCCAUUCUGUAAAUGGAAAGACCAUGGGCGAGAUGUCCAUGGUAUCCUGGAGCAAGGAGCAAACCGGCUUCGGAUACGUGAGAAUCAGAAGAACUGAUGUCAUGGACGUCCUGCUUGAUGCCGUGGAGAAAGCUGGUAUUCCGGUUCUCUACGGCAAGCGUCUUGUCGGCAUUGAGGAAAUGGAUGCCAUUGUUACCGCGUCUUUCUCUGACGGCACUCAUGAUACUGCCGAUUUCCUUCUUGGCUGCGACGGAAUUCACUCCGCUGUGCGAAAGCUCUACGUUGACCCCGAAUGUGUUCCGGAAUAUUCGGGCAUCUCAAACAUGUACUCCCUCAUUCCGGUCACCGACUUCCCAGCUUCCGCCCCGUCAUUGGAUAACCUCAACAUGACACUGACGUCUGAUGGCCUGUUCGGGAUCUCACCUGUUACCCCCGCUCGAGAUCUACUUUACUGGUUCUUCUCUAGAGAAAUUCCAAUGCCAACGACUGGCGACGUUCGUGAGGGUUGGGCAGAGCAGAGCAAGAAGGAAAUCGACAACCUAAAGAGCAACUUGCUGCACCUACUCGGCGACGACGACAGUGACUGGAUGGAUUUCCUACGCGAGGUCCUCCACAAAACAGAGGCCAUCCACUUCUACCCCAUUUACAAGGUCCCUCUUGGGCGUCCCUGGUCCAAGGGACGCUGCCUCAUCAUUGGAGAUGCAGCCCACGCUAUGCCCCCGCACGCCAGCCAGGGCAUUUCCAUGGCGCUCGAGGACGUGUUCCUCUUUUCGAAACUGCUCGAAAGCGGCUGUGACCAGAUCGACGUUGGGUUAAAGGCGUACGAGGAGAAGCGAAAGGCCAGGACGGAGAAGAUGCUCAAGACGGCAGAGCAGAAUGGCACGGUGCGUCAAAAGAAGACGCCUUUGAAGCUCUGGGCCACCGAGCUGGCAAUUUCUGGAGGUCUGUGGGUUUACAAAAUGGCAGGGUUGGAGAAAUUUGGGUUCGGUCAGCAGCCUCUUGCUUACGAUAUCGACGAAGAGAAGUUUUAG